AUGGAUGACAUUAGAAAAAUGGUUAUCGAUGAAGAAUAAGAAAGAUAUAAUCAAAGAGAAAAUUUAUUAAGAGAAUAAUUUGGAUAUUCCUUAAAUGAUAAUUUAAAUUAAGAGCUUAUUAAUCAAAUUCCACCUGACAUUUACUUGUGGAAAAUUCUAUAAAAAAUAGAAUUCAGUUAGAAGCUUAAAAGACUCAAUACAAAAAGAUUAAAAAAUGAUUAAUAAUUUAGGAACAUAAGAGUUAAAGAGUUCAUACGUCGUUGUUUGAUUGAAAUAAUAUACUUACAUUCAUAUAUAGUUGAAGCAAAAAUGAAAUCGCAAAUGAUCACUCAUUAGAUUUAAACUUUAAAAUAGUAAAUCAAAAUCUUACAAGAAAAUUAAUAAUAAAAUUGUGAUUAAACAAAUCGACUUACAAUCAGCUACUCACAUAACAAAAGCUAGAAGUCUAAAGUAUUUCAAAAUUAUAUAAUUAAAUGCAAAGUAGCACUCAAUUAAUAAGAAUAAUAAUCAAUUUAUUCAUAUGGAGAGGAUAAAAUUUGCUCGUUUGUGGUUUAGCCAGAGAUUGAAAAUAUUUUAAAUUUUAUAAUUUUGGGCAAAAAUAUUGAUAAUGGAGAUAAAUUUGAGAUUUUAGCAACAAAAAAAUUGAAUUUGGAUGAAAUACUAGCCAAAUUUGAUGUACUUUCAUUUUCAAAGAAAUAUAUAAAACAUCAAAUAAUCAAUUUGAAUAUAGAAUUAAAUAGAAUAUAAAUUCCAAAUUUAGAAUUUAGAUUUUAAUUGUAAUUGCCUUAUCAAUAGAGAAUUGUACUAAUUGAGGGAAUGUUGGAGAGACAAAGACCACCUCUAGAUUAAUAUAAUGAAGAAAUUGAAUAGAAUAGUAAUUUUAUUAAAUAAAUACUUGUACCAUUUCAUGAUGUUGUUUAUAUUUAAGGACAAGGCAUAAAACGUAGAAACAGGGAAUCAUGCUCUUCAUGCAUUGUAUUUUGA